AUGAACAACAAUAGAAUGAAUUGCUCUUUGUAAUAAAUGAUAUAUAAUGUCGAAAAGAAGUCUUUAUUUCACCUGAAAUUGAUAACAUAAUAGAGUUAUAAAUCAAUUACAUCUGAGUUGUUUGUAGUUGCAUAAUCAUAAAAUUAGGAAAAAGAGAUUAAAGAAUUUGAGUAAGAUCAAUUAUUUGAAAAUUUAAUAGAUUUCAGUAACAAGCAAAAUUUAUUAUAUUAAUUAAAAUAAAAAGAGAUUGAAGUAGUUUUAUUAAAAAAUAAAGAAGCUUAAUAUGAAGAGUAUGAUAAAUUGAAAGAAUAAUAUAAUUAAUAAUAAGAAGAAUAUAAAAUUAUAGAUGAUUAAAGUAAACAACCAUUAAAUUUGAGUUUAUAAUGA